UAGGACUUUUCGAAACAGUCUUUCUCUCUCUUAUUGUUUGGUGGAAGCUGCAAAAAAAAAUUAAACUUUCUCUGGAGAAGGAGUAAUGGAGUAUAGAGGGUAGUGGCCGUCCAAUUGGGACACCCUAAAAUCAUUAAAAAUUCAAUUUUUAAUUUCUGUUAACUUAAGUUUUAAUUUUUAAUAGUCAUCUAUUUUCUCUCCUUCUCCUUUGUUCUCUUCUUCCUUGUCUUUGUCCCUUGUCCUCUUUUUGCCGUUCACCUUUGAUCUCUUUCUUUCUCUCUCUAACGAUUUCGAUUCAAAUAGUGUGUGUGAGUGAGUGAGUGAUGACGCCGGAGCAGGAGAAAGAGAAGGAGGAGAAGGGGGAACAGGAAGAACAGGUUUUGGUCCUUGAUGCUAUGAAGAGGUAUAGGAAUGGUGAAAUUUGGGAUUUUGAGGAUGACAUGGCUGUCUCUGAUGGACAUGGUGGUGGUGAGAAUGGUGUUCUUUUGGGUUUGGAUGGUGGAACAACAUCAACUGUCUGCAUUUGUUUGCCCAUGGUUCCUUCUUUUUCCCAUUCCCAGCUCCAGUCUCUUCCAAUUCUUGCAAGGGCUGUUGCUGGCUGCUCUAAUCACAACAGUGUUGGAGAAAUUGCUGCAAGGGAAACAUUAGAGCAAGUCAUGGCAGAUGCCCUUUCAAAAUGUGGUUCAAAACGAUCUUCAGUCCGAGCUGUUUGUUUGGCUGUAUCUGGUGUUAACCAUCCAACAGAUCAACAAAGAAUUCUCAAUUGGCUUAGGGAUAUAUUCCCAAGCCACGUGAAGCUGUAUGUUCGGAAUGAUGCUGUGGCUGCCCUGGCAAGUGGAACAAUGGGUAGGCUUCAUGGAUGUGUAUUGAUUGCGGGCACAGGGACCAUUGCAUAUGGAUUUACAGAGGAUGGCAAAGAAGCAAGGGCUGCAGGUGCUGGACCUGUCUUAGGUGACUGGGGCAGUGGAUAUGGAAUCGCUGCACAGGCCUUAACUGCAGUAGUGAAAGCGCAUGAUGGUCGAGGUCCUAGUACAAGGCUUACGAAUAGUAUUUUACAAGCACUCGAUCUUUCUUCCGCAGAAGAAUUAAUCGGGUGGACCUACGCAGAUCCAUCUUGGGCGCGCAUUGCAGCACUUGUACCGCUUGUCGUGUCCUGUGCAGAGGCUGGGGACGAGGUUGCAAAUAAGAUUUUGCUAGAAUCUGUACAAGAGCUGGCUUCAAGUGUCAAAGCUGUUGUAGAGAGACUUGGAUUAAGUGGUCAAGAUGGCAAGGAUGCUUUCCCGCUUGUGAUGGUUGGUGGUGUUCUUGAAGCGAAUAGGAGAUGGGAUAUCGGAAAAGAAGUAGUAAAUUGCAUUUCUAAGUACUUUCCCCGGGUACUUCCAAUUAGACCAAAGGUUGAGCCUGCUGUUGGAGCAGCAUGGUUAGCUUGGAACUUUUUCAUGAAAGACUGUUAUAGUUAAAUAUGUGGUUGCUGACAAAUGUUGGAGCGGAAUAAGAGAAAGAAGACACUCUACAACCUCCAUUUCUUAGUGAUUAGAAUUAGUACACAAUGGCUAAACUGAGAAGCUAAAGGAUACAAUUCAUGUAACACUCAAUUUAUAUUAGCACAUGGCACUUGCCACUUGUUAGACCUUAGUUCCUUUCCCACUCUCUUGAUUCCCUCAUAUACAUAUGCUUGUGUAAAUAGCUUAUAGUGGUUAAACAGAGUUGUGUCUUAAAUUCUUAUUUGUGAUUAAACUUGUCAUUUUUGUUCUUGAUUGUCACACAGUUGUAUUUUUUUGUUUUGUUUUAACUUUUCAUGCAAUCAAGAUCAGAAGGAUGCAUUCAUAAAUUUUAUAUUUAACA